ACCUUCAAUUUCUAGCAAGGACAAACAACUUGACGAUGAGCAUGGAUGUUCUCCUAGAUGCCGCGUUUGCUACGGGGCUUUGCUAUUUUCUAGUCCCAGCGGGAUGGCAGCCAGUCAUCAUAACGGUGCUCGUACUCCUGUUCACUAGCCAUAUCACUGUGCUGCCUCUCCUGGCAGUUCCAAGCGUUUUGCCCAGACAUAUGGCAUCAACACUUGAGAGUGCCAUAGAGCUCUCGAUCUUGGAGUACAUCGCAUGGUUGAUCAGCUGCUCAGUUAUCAUGUAUUCAACUCACUCAUUUUGGGAGAAACUCCUCAUGGUCAUCCCCUUACUCGGAUUUUGUGGGUUCAUCGCCUUGCAAUGGGCAAGUUCCCCCAUUCAUCGGUCACGGACCGAGAUGGAUGUGCCGGCGCGAGACGUAUUUGUUUCAGUUGGUGACUACCGCCCAGACUUGCUGCCUUUGGAGCAUCCAUUAUGUAGACUCGUCGUGAACACCGAGGCUGAGCUCGCAAAAGCCUAUUCUCUCCUUCGCUCUUUUGCUGCUGCCUCUGUGGAUAUACGUGGGCCCCUCGAUAUUACCUGGGCUGUCCAAAAAUACUCCCGCUACAUCGGCAAUCGCCAGUCACAAAUCGUCCGUUUCGUGUCUCCUCGACGAUUCAAUCCGGACAGUCCCAUGUUCCCCCCUCCUCUUGGUCCACGUUAUGCAAUGCUUCACAGUGAAGCCGACUCCCUGGAAUUACCAUGGCUAUCGAAGUUUAUUCCUAGUUCAAUAUGGAUUGAUAGACGAUUGGCAAGCAUGUGGGAAGAUGAAAGACGAACUGAGCCUCCUCCACCUCCAGGAUAUAACGGGUAUGUCGUCCUUUUUGAUCGCAGCUGUGCGAUACAUUUAUUGUUGAUUCUCAGUCAAUGUGAUCUCUUCCUCAAAGCCACCAUUUGUCAUGAGAUGUUGAAGGCAAUUCUCAUUGACGUCGAGAAGACUGGGCAGCUUCCAGAUGAAGAUUAAGCUUGUACGAAUAUCGUGGAGGAAUAUAAACAGUGACGCACAGUCCGCCACUACCGAUAUCGCGUUUGUGUCUCGCCGUGUCCAUCGAAUAUCCCAUCAGCUAUAUGAUUUGCGAUAGCGAUCAGAUGUAGAUAUAGGGAGCCCGGUAAGAUACAGAACUCUGUGUACUUCUAUAUGUUUCCCUUGCUUGCCAUAUGCAAUCCUCCGACAGCAGUUGUUCUACUGGGAGCUCUGCUAUAAUAAUAUUCCACACUAA